AUGGCUUCGGACCAAGUGUGCGUGGACUCCCUGGAGUGCCGCGCCCCGCCCGGCGCUGCCGCCAUCGCCACCUACAAGGGGCGCCAGAAGCUGCGCAGGAAGCUGAGGCCCGUGCGGAUCCUGGUCUUCGUGGUGGGCCUGGUCGCCAUCAGCGCCGUCUCCUUCUCCUACAGUGCCUUGAGGUGGACGUCGGCGGCGGGGGGCCCCGGGGCCCUGGCGGCCGGGCCCCUGGAGGCGGCGGGGGGCCCCCCCCACCGGACGCUGCUGUCCACCCAGCUGCAGCGGGACCUCAACGUGUCGGGCGAUAGUGCGGUGGCCAUGAAGUCGGCGGCGGACGGGAACCACAGCCAGGGCGAGUACCCCACGGACCUGUUCACGCUGGAGGAGAGGCGGCAGGGUGCCGUCGUGCUGCACGUCUUCGGCAUGCUCUACAUGUUCAUCGCCCUGGCCAUCGUGUGCGACGAGUUCUUCGUGCCGGCGCUCACCGUCAUCACGGAGAAGCUGUCCAUCUCGGACGACGUGGCGGGCGCCACCUUCAUGGCGGCGGGCGGCUCGGCGCCGGAGCUGUUCACGUCCAUCAUCGGCGUGUUCAUCUCGCACAGCAACGUGGGCAUCGGCACCAUCGUGGGCUCGGCCGUCUUCAACAUCCUGUUUGUCAUCGGCAUGUGCGCCAUCUUCUCCAAGGAGAUCCUGAACCUGACGUGGUGGCCGCUGUUCCGCGACGUGUCCUUCUACAUCGUGGACCUCAUCAUGCUCAUCGUCUUCUUCCUGGACAACCUGAUCACCAUGUAUGAGAGCAUGGCACUGCUCUCGGGCUACGCCUGCUACGUCAUCUUCAUGAAGUGCAACAGCUCGGUCGAGGGCUUCGUCAAGGGCUGCAUGAGCAAGAACCAGGUGGUGGAAGUGGAGGUGCAGCCGAAGGUGGGAACACGACCUUCGUGUGAAGGUAGACUUGAUAUGGACAAGGUCUCUGACCCUGCACUGGGCAGCACGGAGGCCAACGUCAAAGAGAACGAAGAGGAAGAGGACCAGCCUCUGAGCCUGUCCUGGCCCGAGACCUACCGCAAGCGCUUCACCUACAUGGUCGUCAUGCCGAUCGUUCUCCCCCUCUGGCUCACACUCCCCGACGUCAGGAAGAACUCGGCCAAGAAGUUCUUCCCCAUCUCCUUCAUCGGCUCCAUCGUGUGGAUCGCAGCCUUCUCCUACCUGAUGGUGUGGUGGGCCCACCAGGUGGGCGAGACCAUGGGCAUCACAGAGGAGAUCAUGGGGCUGACCAUCCUGGCGGCCGGGACGUCCAUCCCCGACCUCAUCACCAGCGUCAUCGUGGCCCGCAAGGGGCUGGGCGACAUGGCCGUGUCCAGCUCCGUGGGCUCCAACAUCUUCGACAUUACCAUCGGGCUGCCCUUCCCGUGGCUGAUGUGGUCCUUCAUCAACGGGCUGCAGCCGGUGAAGGUGAGCUCCAACGGGCUCUUCUGCGCCAUCGUCCUCCUCUUCCUCAUGCUCAUCUUCGUCAUCAUCUCCAUCGCCGCGUGUAAGUGGCGCAUGAGCAAGCUGCUGGGCUUCAUCAUGUUCCUGCUCUACUUCGCCUUCCUGGUGGUCAGCGUCAUGCUGGAGAAGAAGAUCAUCGCCUGCCCCAUCUCCAUCUGA